CACAGAUGGAAGAAAUAAGGCCAUGUUUGUUUAACCUUCCAACCAGCCAACGCACCCGCGCGGCCGAAGGACCUUCGGCGAUUAGGGUUCGUCCCGCGCCCGCCUCCCACCGCCGCCCCCCGUCAACAUCGCCCCCUACAGUCAACGGCGCCUCGUCCCGUCGCCGUCGCCUCCCGCCGCCGCCGACCUCCCUGCACCUCCGAGGAACUUGACCGCGUCCUCCACACGCCACUGAGGAAACAUUUCUAAUGCAGAUACUGCAGUAUGGCGACAAGACGCAAUGUUCGGUACUCAUCUCUUCCUACAGAGGACAGGGAUGACAACAAUCUUAAUGAAGGCGAUGUUGAUCUUCGGUUCACUUACACUCCAAAAUCCUACAGGAAGAUCCCGUGGAAGUCAAUUGCCCUCGCAUUGUUCCUCCUCCUCCUAGGAACUUCACUUCUCUUCCUUUCAUACUUCAUAUUCACAGGUCACAUGGAGGGUGAUAGUUCUCAAGCAUAUGGUCUGUUGUUCCUGGGAUUCCUUGCCUUCCUUCCUGGUUUUUAUGAGACUCGAGUUGCUUACUAUUCAUGGAGAGGAGCACCAGGGUACACCUUUGCGUCCAUACCAGAUUAUUAGUCUCCCAAAUUUCCUUGCUGAUGGGGUAGUGAAGACAAUGAACAGAAAGGAAACAGCCUAAAACUUUUGCUGGGAAUCAAAUCAGUAAUUUUCAGUGUUAAACAGUUGGCAUGUAGAUGUAGUUACGUUGUGCUGAUUGUUGUGUUUAUAUAGAGAUAUUACUUAACUAGGUAAUACCAAAUAAUCUUUGUAUUUUGCUGCGUCUGGUGUUUGGAAGCUAUUGGUUUUCACAUGUUUAGUAUGGUAAUUUAUAGAUAUGUGUCGAUGUUGUUUAGGGCUUUGAUUUGUUUCACUUGCUGAAGAUACAUGUACUCCUACUUUAUCUUUGUUCUCUAGAUGUUUAAUUCUUUUUAAGGAACCAUCUGUUCAUA